UCCUGACGUCUCCACUGGCUUGUCUCUAGACACUCCCGAGGCCCGGCCCUGCUCGCCUUCUGGGAGGACCCCGCGGGCCGGCUGUUCCGGCAGGCGCCUCCGCCAUGGACCUCGUGGGGCUGCUGAAGUCGCAGUUCCUGUGCCACCUGGUCUUCUGCUACGUGUUCAUCGCCUCGGGGCUCAUCGUCAACGCCCUGCAGCUCUGCACGCUCGUGCUCUGGCCCAUCGACAAGCAGCUCUUCCGCAGGCUCAACUGCCGGCUGUCCUACUGCGUCUCCAGCCAGCUGGUGAUGCUGCUGGAGUGGUGGUCGGGCACGGAGUGCGUCAUCUACACGGACCCCCGGGCCUACCCCACGUUCGGGAAGGAAAACGCCAUCGUGGUUCUGAACCACAAGUUUGAGAUCGACUUUCUCUGCGGCUGGAGCCUGGCCGAGCGCUUCGGGGUUCUGGGGUUCCUGAUCCACUGCGAGGGCACGCGCUUCACGGAGAAGAAGCACCAGAUCAGCAUGCAGGUGGCCCAGGCCAAGGGGCUGCCCAGCCUCAAGCACCACCUGCUGCCGCGCACCAAGGGCUUCGCCGUCACCGUGCGGAGCCUGAGAAAUGUAGUUUCAGCUGUAUAUGACUGUACACUCAAUUUCAGAAACAAUGAAAACCCCACCCUGCUGGGCGUCCUGAACGGCAGGAAAUACCACGCAGACAUGUAUGUCAGGCGGAUCCCCCUGGAGCAGGUCCCGGAGGACGAGGACCAGUGCUCGGCCUGGCUGCACAGGCUGUACCAGGAGAAGGACGCCUUCCAGGAGGAGUACUACCGGACGGGCACCUUCCCGGAGACGCCCAUGGUGCCCUCCAGGCGGCCCUGGACGCUGCUCAACUGGCUCUUCUGGGCCUCGCUGCUGCUCUACCCCUUCUUCCGCUUCCUCGUCAGCAUGGUCAGCAGCGGGUCCUCCCUGACGCUGGCCGGCUUUGUCCUCGUCUUCUUUGUGGCUUCCAUGGGGGUCCGAUGGAUGAUUGGCGUGACGGAGAUCGACAAAGGCUCCACCUACGGCAACAUGGACAGCAAGCAGAAACAGAGGGACUGACUCAGGACACGCUCCAUCCAGAGUGGACCUUGGGGAGCGGGUGGGCGCUAUCUGUCCCUCCCGGUGCCACCCAGCGAGGGCGCUGGGGGAGUCCCUGCUGGGAGGCAGGGCCUGUUCUCCAGGCCGCUGGAUGGGGCAGAAGACGCGCUUUGAUCCGUCCUCCCCGUGUGCAGUAGUGGGUUCCGGUUCUCUCUUUCCCUGUGAGUGCGUGCGUGCGUGCGUGCGGGAGAACACGAGGUGAGGGUGCGAGGCUGCCUGCCAGCCCUGUCCUGUGAUCGUGCCGCGGUGUCUGGUGCAGGGGGAGGGCAGGGAGGGGAGGCCCUUUCAUCCUUUGGUGCUGUUUUCUGUAGCCGAUUGCCAGGUAGAGCCAAGGCGCUGUAGGGAAGAUGAUUAAAUUAUGCCUCCAAAAAAAGCA